GCGCCGCCCGAGCGCCAGACGCGGAGCUGGGAAAAGAGAGGCAACGGAGGCGGUGGCAGAGACAGAUCCUGAGCCAGAGACGGAGCCGGGCACCGACACUGACCGACCGGCGGGGCCGUGCUACGCAGAACCGGCUCAGCGAGUCCUCCUGUGACCCAAGCCAGGUCCCUAAGAGCCGGGCAUACGGACUGGUCUCGGAGUCAGGGGCGCUAGAGUCGAUCCCGUGUCAGGCUUCACUCGCCUCCGACAGGGGCUGGCCCUUUUGAAGGCGCCUUCUUCAACAGCAGGACGAGGCAGGCCACCAUGACCGAGAACUCCACAUCCACCCCUGCGGCCAAGCCUAAGCGGGCCAAGGCCUCCAAGAAGUCAACAGACCACCCCAAGUACUCAGACAUGAUCGUGGCUGCCAUACAGGCGGAGAAGAACCGCGCUGGUUCCUCGCGCCAGUCCAUCCAGAAGUACAUCAAGAGCCACUACAAGGUGGGCGAGAACGCCGACUCGCAGAUCAAGUUGUCCAUCAAGCGCCUGGUUACCACUGGGGUCCUCAAGCAGACCAAAGGAGUGGGUGCUUCGGGGUCCUUCCGGCUGGCCAAGAGCGAUGAACCCAAGAGGUCGGUGGCCUUCAAGAAGACGAAGAAGGAAGUCAAGAAGGUGGCCACGCCAAAGAAGGCAGCCAAGCCUAAGAAGGCUGCCUCCAAAGCUCCCAGCAAGAAACCCAAAGCCACCCCAGUCAAGAAGGCCAAGAAGAAGCCGGCUGCCACGCCCAAGAAAACCAAAAAACCCAAGACUGUCAAAGCCAAGCCAGUCAAGGCAUCCAAGCCUAAGAAGGCCAAACCAGUGAAGCCCAAAGCCAAGUCCAGUGCCAAGAGGGCCAGCAAGAAGAAGUGACAGUGAAGCUUUUCUUGUGGACACUCCUGCCUGUCUCCUAUUUUCUGUAAAUACUUUUCUCCUUCUCUCUUACUCUUCAUCUGCAACCCCUUGUCCCUUUCUAUUCUGACUUUAUGAGAGACAGAAUUUGGAUUCCUCAGAAAUUGGGGAAUAGUUUAUUUUUCCUUAACCAGUCGUGCAAGGACAGCAACAACAAUCUCAUCUCUGUAAUGAUGAGAAUAUACUUAAUUUUUUUUUUAAUUUGUUAAUUACUUGUUUUGGGGUGGGUUUGUGUUUUGUUUAGUUGGGUGGUUUGUUUGCUAUGAAGGAAAAAGGGCAGGGGAUCAGGAAGGCAGCUUGUUCUGGCUAGGUGAGAGGGAGCCCAGGAAUUGUAAGGUUUGUAGGGAUAUCUUUUAAGACGAUUUCGCAAAGUUGAGCAGCCCUUGUGAGUUUCAGAACCUUAGUGGGGUGGAGAGGGGUGGCAGCAGCUGAAUGCAAAGGAGGGAGGUGGAAUUAAAACCCUCCCUGGCCUGACUUCCACCUCCCAGUGGUGAGCAGUGGGGUAUUCAAGUCGAAUUUCCUUCUCACUUCUGUUAGUCUGCCCUUGUGGCCUCCCUAUUGUCCUACGGAAGGGGAGGGUGUCAGAGUGACAGCUAGUCUGAGAAGCCGCAGCUUCUCUCAGUCAGCUGGAAACUAGCCAUGGAGGGGGUUUCUUUGUGGCUUCCGAAAGUCUCCUGUUAAAUGGGAUUGGAAACUUUGGGGGAAGGGUGGGGAAUCAGUCAGCCAAGUGCCUCAAUGUUCCCUGUUGAAACUUGGGUUUUUCCACGCAAUUGGAUUGUAUCCUAGGAGGAAUUUUUCCCUCCUGGUUUUUGGUUCCUCCUGUACAAGAGGUGGCUUUGCUUGGUGGUCUGGUAGGGCUCCAGCCCUGCCACCACCACUUUAAAACCUCCCGACCUCUUUUAUUUCUGAGUCUUUUUCUAAGUAGUGGUAGAUGGGGGAGGGGUAGUGGGCGGGGAGUGGACAGUAAGACAUACUGCAGUCGAUUUUGAAUUGCUAAGUAGUUUUACAGAGCUAAGUUUGUGUGCGUGUAAAUGUGUAUAUACCUAUUUAGAGCUAGCACUUAAGUUUCACACCCGGGAGCUGGGAGAAAAAACCUGUACAGUCUUAUAAAAUAGGAAACGUGCAAUUGCGCGUCGUCCUUCCCCCCGCCCCUUUUUUAAACAAGUGUUAUUUGUGCCGGGAAGAAUUUGCUGUCUUUGUAAUUUCAAAACUUUAAAAUAAAAAUUGAAAAAAGACAAAA